AUGCACAGAGAUCUAAAACCAGACAACAUCCUCAUCGGUAUGGAGAAGGACGUGAAGAUCAGUGACUUUGGGCUUGCCCGCGAGACUACCGGCAUCUUUGUUACUGGCCAAAUGGGAACCCCUCUCUACGCAGGUCCCGAGGUCUACCUCAAUAAAUACGACGAGAACUAUUCGGAGCGUUGCGACGUUUGGGGCGCAGGAAUGAUCCUCUACGAAAUGCUGACGGGGAAAUUGCUCUUCCAGAACGUCAAUAAGAGACCCACCUUCCACCAGGUGCUCGAGAAGCUCAAGAUUGUCUAUGACACCAUGCUGAAUGAGAUUCGCAACAAAGUAGCACACGUUCCGAAUGCAAAUACUAGAGCUGGAAAAGCGGAAAUUUUCCUGCAGUUUACUGUCGACAAAUACGGCAUACUUGCCAAGAUCAGUGAAAGACUUAGUCAGAAGGACCUCAAGGAUACUUGGGAACUGGCGGUGGAUGUCAGUGACGGCAGCUACGAUGUGGAAGAGACCUAUAACCAGCACCUCAAACUCAUCCUCAAGGAGAAAAUGGACGUCUACCAUAAGGGAUUGCUCGUAUCGCUCAAGGACGAAGAGAUCGCCCUAUACCAUCUCAUCCACGUAGGAGCCCUCCUGGAGGAGUUGAUCAAAAACGAUGACUACCUCAAGAAGAACUACGUCAAGGACAUCUUGGCCAAGACCGAUCCGGAAACAGGGAAGAGCAUGCCAAGCAGAUCACCGCUUUGA